CUAUCUAUUCUGUUAAUCACAUUCGCAAAUUGUAAUUGUAAUGGCCGAUAAGUUAAUUUAAUACAAUAAAUGUAUGAAGACUUUAAUGAAAAGUGUGCAUUGUUUGUUAAUCUAAUGUAAAUUAGUUUCCGUGAAUGACUUAAAAAGUGAAAUUUUGCGGAAUGUUUCCGCGAACGCCGCCUGUAGUGAAACGACUUCUAGAGUGGAAAAAAGGUCCUGAAGGAUCGUCUGCUGCAGAAGAUAAAUGGUCAGAAAAGGCUGUAAAAAGUUUAGUUAAGAAAUUAAAGAAAAGUGAGGCUCUCGAGGAAUUAGAAAAGGCUAUAACUAGUCAAAGUAGUCAUACUAAAUGCGUCACAAUUCCCAGAGCAAAACCAAGUGACAACAUUGUGAAUGGUCAAUAUAGAAAAGGGUUGCCGCAUGUCAUCUACUGCAGGCUGUGGCGCUGGCCGCAGCUACAAAGUCAGCAUGAAUUAAAGCCAGUCGACCACUGUAUUUAUGCAUACCAGUUGAAAAAGGACGAAGUGUGCAUUAACCCUUAUCACUACAAUAAGAUUGACUCGCCUGCUCUGCCGCCUAUUUUGGUACCUCGUUGCGCGGAGGGUGAGAUCCGCGCGCCGCCGCCCUACACAGACUAUCAUCAGCCACAUCACGACCAUACCGACGCUUUGUCGCUGGGCGUGAUGCAGAGCGGCGGCGUGGUGGGUGUCGGCGCGCACAGCGCCCUCUAUCUGGAGGCCACGCUCGCUCAGCAGGUGCCCGGCAACACCACUGUACACGUGAGUUCAUCGACAGUGGAGACUCCUCCCCCGGGCUACAUGAGCGAGGACGGCGACCCUAUGGAUCAUAAUGACAACAUGAGUCUAACACGACUGACGCCGUCGCCCCCGGGACUGGCUACCGAGGCUGCUCCAGUUCUGUACCACGAGCCCGCCUUCUGGUGCAGCAUCAGCUACUACGAGCUGAACACGCGCGUGGGGGAAACCUUCCACGCCUCGCAGCCAUCCAUCACUGUAGACGGCUUCACAGACCCCAGCAAUAGUGAGAGGUUCUGCUUGGGUCUGCUAUCCAAUGUGAAUAGAAACGAAGUUGUGGAGCAAACGCGACGGCACAUUGGCAAAGGAGUGAGGCUGUAUUAUAUCGGAGGCGAGGUGUUUGCAGAAUGUCUCAGUGAUUCGUCAAUAUUUGUACAAUCUCCGAAUUGUAAUCAGCGCUAUGGAUGGCAUCCUGCCACUGUUUGCAAAAUACCUCCAGGUUGCAAUCUGAAGAUCUUCAACAACCAGGAGUUUGCAGCUCUGCUGUCACAGUCUGUGUCUCAGGGCUUCGAGGCGGUGUUCCAACUCACACGCAUGUGUACUAUACGCAUGAGCUUCGUUAAGGGUUGGGGCGCAGAGUACAGACGACAGACGGUGACAUCGACGCCAUGCUGGAUCGAGCUGCACCUGAAUGGACCUCUGCAGUGGCUGGACCGUGUGCUCACGCAGAUGGGUAGCCCUCGUCUGCCCUGCUCCUCCAUGUCCUAGAUAUUGCGGCAGAAAUAAAUUCUGAAUUCCCAGUACAUUGGCCAUUUCAGUUGUAUUAAAUAUAUAAAGGGUAGCUCAAAACAAAUACCUCCAAAAUGAGUCUUAACAUUGUUUUAUUGUAGUUUAUUAUAAGUUUACAUUGGAAACAUGUUUCAUCAUAGAAUGUAAGAUGCAAAAUUUAUUUUAAUACAUUUAAGGUAUUCGAAAUUA